CAGGGUGUUGUUCUCUUUUAUUCAUAAAACACUUGGACAACUUGAAAAAGGAUCCUCACCCCUCUGUCUAGAAAACGAACGUAGAAAAUCUUUCCAGGAUGAGGUGUCUAUGGGGCUGGGGGCUGCGCUGACCCCACCAGCCUGCCUUCCCCCAACUGCUGAUGAGCAAUGCUGGGUUCAGUGCCACUGACGGUGCGGAAGGUCCCACGCAUGGCUUGGCAAUGGAAGCGCUCUGGGCCCUGAGCUGCCUGUGCCCAGCCCUCCUGCCAGGGCAGCUCCAGGCUCAGCUGCUGUUGUGGCUGUUGGUUUGCAGCACGAACCUCCUGGCACGCGACGCAUCCCCUCCGUCCGAGCCCAUGGAGUCCCUCUCCAUCACCCACCGGGACUACAGGCAGGAGGGCUUCCACUCUGAGCCCCUGCCCCCCACCCAGGUAAGGGGCUCUGCGGGCCAGAGUAGCAGUCAGGCUCCCCACCCCUCCGCUCCCCUCCUGGAGACGCCCCGGUAGCUCCCCUGACGUCCUCUCCUCUUGCAGCCCCACAACUACCGGCUGGAACAACCACAGACGUUCUGGCUUGAACAUGCCCAGCAGGUGCCGGGCACCUCCAGCAUCCGGACGGGCGACACCCCUUUCAGGAAGUGCGCAAUGUUCACCACCCCCAUCUCGGAAUGCCUCGACCAGCCGUAGCUGUACGGCCCAAAAAACGUCCCCCGGCCUUGAAGACGUCCUUGCCACCCCCUGGGCCAGUGGGGAAACCCCGAGCUUAUGUGGGUGGAGGGGGGUGCAGAGACCCUUCCUCAAAGGGUUGAUCACCCCAGUUAAAUUCCUGCAAGAGCCGGAGAGGGGCUUCCAGGCAGCUUCCUUGUGGUUCUCCCACCUCAGAAGCAGUGGGGGCUGGACAGGCCCUUCCCUGUCCUUUCUCUUGCUAAAGGGAAGAGGGGGAUGUUCUCCCCUCCCUCUUUCUGUUCGGCCCAAACUGCUUGCCUGGUUCCUGCAUGUGCCGCCAAAGGGGAAAAUGAGCAGCAGGGCUGGCUCAGC